CCGGUGUGAAGCAACACAUACAACUUAAAAAGCGCCGCUGUAAUGAGCAGAACCAGUUCACCACUAACCUAAAUAAAUCACUCCUAAGGAAAACGAUAACGAGGCGAUAAAAAAUUAUCCAAGCAAAAUGAGCAGCACACUUUCACUGACCCUACUGCUUAUGUUGACAGGCUGUGCAUAUCUUAUCAAUGCUGCUCCUUUGGGAGUGGAGUUGCGUUGCAAGUGCGUCAAGACGAUUUCAGACUUUAUCCAUCCAAAACAAAUCGCUAACCUAAUCAUAACACAAGAAGGACCACACUGCAGUAACACGGAAGUAAUUAUCACUCUAAAGAAUGGAGGGAAGGAGAUCUGUGUAAAUCCCAGUGUCAAGUGGGUGCAGAGAAUUAUUACAACAUUUUUGCACAGUGCUAAAGGGAAACAAUGAGAAAGAUCUGUGCUGCACAAAAAUGUGUGCUGCAGAGCUGCAUACAUUGGCUUACUGCUGCAGGAAGUCAACUGAAUCUAAUGAUGGGACAACUGAGUUAAGAAAUAGGAUAUUGCCUUCAUGCUGUACUUUGUGGUACAAUACUGGUGCCACUUAAAUGAAUCACACCAUUAAGUAAAGCAUUUUGUUUUUGGUAAUAAUUGGACAUGCCCAUUUGUUAUAUGAGUAUUCAACACUAUUUGAGUUCCAAAUGUUCCUGAGACAUGCUUUGUUUGCAAUGUCCUGACAUCUUCCUACAGAUGUCAGGACUGCCCAGUCCCUGACCACAUUCCGGCGCCUCCUUAAGACUCACCUCUUCAAACAGCACCUGUAGAACUCCUCUGUUGUAUCCUGGGACGCUAUCACCCUUCAUUUAAAUAUGCUUUAUUUUGCUCUUAUCUGCCCCCUAUUUUACUGCAUUUAAUCCUGUACCUCAGAAUAUUGUAAUCUGCCAAGUGUUUAAUCUGUAGUAUUUUGUACUUAAUCAUAUCCUGAUGUAACUAUCACUCUUUAAUCAUAUCCUGAUGUAACUUUCACUAUUAUCUGCUGUAUUAUUGAAUUGUGGUUUGUCACACUUGAGAAUUAUUGUAUUUCUUGUUCUUAUUGUAUGACUUAUAUUGUAACACUUGAAUGUAUUUGUAUUUGCUUGCGAUUGUAAGUCGCCCUGGAUAAGGGCGUCUGCUAAGAAAUAAAUAAUAAUAAUAAUAAUGUAUGACAUACUGUGAUGUAAGGUUGCCCGAGGCUGAGAUUUGUCUGAUGUGUAAAAUUUGAAGCCCUCAAGAAAAGUUAACUUACUUAGGAGCCACGUUUUAAUACAUAUAAAGAAAUCUCCCAUUUAAGUUACCUUUCUUAACAGUACUUGCACUGGUGGAUUUAAUUAAAUUAAAUCCAGAGCCCACUCCUUCUCCACCCUCGCCCCGCAGAGGUGGAACGACCUUCCUACGGAUGUCAGGACUCUUCCCUUCUGGACAAUAUAGCACUCUGCCUUUAAUGCACUUUAACUUGCACUUAUCUGCUCCCUAGUUUACUGUAUUUAAUCCUGCACUUAUCCCAAUCUGUAGUAUUUUGUAUUUCACCUGGACUCGUAUGUAAGCGUUGUAACUAUCAACACUGUUAUCUGCUCUUGGACUGCCCCGAUACCCUGUGUUUUGUAUUUGCUCUUAUUAGGACUGAAGUCAAUGUAUUUUGUAUCUUGCUCUUAAUUGUACUGUAAUUCUUGAUAUGUAUUUUUUGUAUACAAUUGUAAGUCACCCUGGGUAAGGGUGUCUGCUAAUAAAUAAA